CUUUGCAACGGAACAUUUAAACCAAAUGAAAUUCAAUCUUUUCAACCAUUUUCUGAUAUACGUGUGGUAUUUUCAUAACAUAAUUUGCCUAAGUAUUUGAUUUUAAAAUAUAAAGGGUUUAUUUCCAAUAAAUAUUAAAUGUAACUAACCCUUUAAUUUCUUAUGAACAUUUACCUCCAAAUAUCAUUUGCAUCUAAUAUCACUAUCACAUUUUGGCCAUUUUAAAAGUUACAUUAUUAUUCGUAGUAAUUAUAAUAAGGUGACUUUGUUUUGAACGGAUUGAAAAGGAAAGAGGACAGAAGGAGUAAUAGAAAGGGCCGAAAAAUCUGAAACCAGAUAGAACUAAUAUCUAUUGCAAGAAAUGGAGCUCAUAAAAUCAAUUGUGUUUCUCAAUUCUAUUUUAUUACUACUAUUAUUAUUUAUUGGAUCUGUGUAUUCUCAAAUUUCAAUUCCAUCAAAGCAAGAUGGAUUUUGGUACGAAAACAGAAAUGCGAAAACAGAUUCGAUAUUAAUCGAAGCUUUUUUGGAUCCAGUUUGUCCUGAUAGUAGAGAUUCCUGGCCUCCUCUUAAACGAGCUAUUCAACACUACGGUUCUCGUAUUUCCCUUCUUGUUCAUCCCUUUCCUUUACCUUACCAUGACAAUGCAUUUAUUACCUCGCGCGCGUUGCAUGUUGUCAAUGAUUUGAAUACUUCUGCCACAUACAGAUUGCUGGAAGCUUUCUUUGGUCAACAGGACAAGUUUUAUAACCAAGCAAGUUUCCACUUGUCCAAAGCAUCUGUUGUAGAUAAAGUUGCAAAAUUUACAUCCAAUGCAAUUGGGAAUUUGAAUUACGCUGCUGUAAAGGGUGGAUUUACCGACCCCAAAACCGACCAAGCCACAAGAACUUCCUUCAAGUAUGGUUGUGUGAAAGGCGUAUAUGGGGCGCCUUUUUUCUUCGUAAAUGGGUUUCCUCUGCCAGGUGCUGGCUCGCCAUUGGACUACAACGAAUGGAGAAAUAUCCUUGAUCCAUUGUUUUCCCCAGAAGAACAAUUAAGAACUGAAAAUGUGGAUUUCUUCUUGUGAAUCACUGAUCUUUUAAUCUCCAGUUGUAUAUGUACUCUCAUCACCUAAUGUCCUCAGCUACAGAGACAAAUUAAGCUCAUAUUUCUUAUGUUUAUACAUAUGAUGACAAUAAUUUAUCGCUUCGA